AUGGGGAACAGUGCAUCUGCGACAACCGUCGCCCCAACUGCAGAAGAAAAAACCGGGCAAGCUCCAGCGCCUGACACGAAGCCGAAGAAGAAGAUAUGCUGCGCCUGCCCCGACACAAAGAGGCUGAGGGACGAGUGCAUCGUGGAGCAUGGCGAGGAUGCGUGCGGGAAGUGGAUCGAAGCCCAUCGCCUAUGCUUGAGAGCCGAAGGGUUCAACGUCUGA